AUGGCCACCCAACAAACUGCCUCGACGCUUCCUAACUUGAAGGACUUGAUUCCCAAGUUGGAACCUCGGCGGCGGAGGCCGGGACCUUCGAAUCCACUCCCGUUUCCUGAGACGCCUGCUCUGCCGCCGCCCCCGGAUACUUCCACUCUGACCUUCCAGAUACCAACCCGAAGGAUUUUGUCUACUAAAGACCAUGAGCGCUUCCUUUCGUCACCGACCUACGGCCUCAUCCUUGCGUUCAUAUUUGGCCUGUCGGACGCUGUCGUAGAUACGCCGAUCUCUGCUAUCAGAGACGAUGAGUGCAGCGCUUCUGUCAAGGCCAUUCUCGGUGUUCUUGAUGAAGCCGAGGGUCUGGUCCAAAGCACACCCCCGGAUGACGCUGAAGGAUCACGGUUCGGGAACAAAGUCUUCCGCGUCUUUCUCGACAAAGCAAAGUCCGCGAGCCAUUCCUGGCACCAGAAGCUUGGCGUGUCUACAGACGAUGCCAUCUCCGAGGUCGAAACUUACCUCAACCAGUCUUUCGGCAACCGGACCCGCAUAGACUAUGGAUCAGGCCAUGAGCUGAACUUCAUGAUAUGGCUGCUGUGUCUAUAUCAGUUACGGAUCGUGGAAAAGUCCGACUUCGAAGUCUUGGUCUUGAAGGUGUUCACUCGCUACCUGGCGCUCAUGCGGACAAUCCAGUCAACGUACUACCUGGAGCCGGCUGGCUCACAUGGCGUCUGGGGCUUGGAUGAUUACCAGUUCCUGCCAUUCCUAUUCGGCGCCAGUCAACUCCUUCACCACCCCUAUAUAACACCAUUGGCCAUUCACCAACAAUUAACCAUCGAGGAGUUCGGUCACGACUACAUGUAUCUCGGCCAAAUCGACUUCGUCAACAGCACAAAGACCGUCAAGGGCUUACGCUGGCACAGCCCGAUGCUGGAUGAUAUUUCAUCGGCCAAGAACUGGACCAAGGUCGAAGGCGGCAUGAAGAGGAUGUUCUCAGCAGAGGUCCUCAAGAAGUUGCCAGUGAUGCAGCACUUCCUCUUUGGUUCAUUGGUUCCUGCCGUGGAAGACAUGAGUACUGAAAGUGAAGCUGGUGUCUCGCAUGAAGAAGACGAGACUGAAAGUGGAGCGGUGGUAGUCGAACACGAUGGCGUCAAGCAUGUACACCAAGCAAUAGGCUGGGGAGAUUGCUGCGGUAUAAAGGUGCCAAGUGCCAUUGCAGCUGCUCAGGCUGCAAAGAAGAAUGGUGCUGGGGAGACGUUGCGUAGGAUACCAUUCGAUUAG